AAAGGACCGUCCCAGCCAAGUGCCUGUUGGUAGGAAUCUGCUUGGCCUCGGGUCUGAGGGGCCUUUGAGGUGGCUGUGGCUGCGACUGAAGCAGGCGUCCAGGAGAGUCCACAGGAAAGAAGGCUCCAUGGACGAUCAGGGCUGUCCCCGGUGUAAGACCACCAAAUACCGGAACCCUUCGUUGAAGCUGAUGGUGAAUGUGUGCGGACACACUCUGUGUGAAAGUUGCGUGGAUUUACUCUUUGUGAGAGGAGCUGGAAACUGUCCUGAGUGUGGCACUCCACUUAGGAAGAGCAACUUCAGGGUACAACUCUUUGAAGAUCCUACUGUUGACAAGGAAGUUGAGAUUCGGAAAAAAGUGCUAAAGAUAUACAAUAAAAGGGAAGAAGACUUUCCUAGCCUAAGAGAAUAUAAUGAUUUCCUGGAAGAAGUGGAAGAAAUUGUUUUCAACUUGACCAACAAUGUGGAUUUGGACAACACCAAAAAGAAAAUGGAGAUAUACCAAAAGGAAAACAAAGAUGUCAUUCAGAAAAAUAAGUUAAAGCUGACUCGGGAACAGGAGGAAUUGGAAGAAGCUUUAGAGGUAGAACGACAGGAAAAUGAACAAAGAAGACUAUUUAUACAAAAAGAAGAACAACUGCAGCAGAUUCUAAAAAGGAAGAAUAAGCAGGCUUUUUUAGAUGAACUGGAGAGUUCUGAUCUCCCUGUUGCUCUACUUUUGGCUCAGCAUAAAGAUAGAUCUACCCAACUGGAAAUGCAACUUGAGAAACCUAAACCUAUAAAACCAGUGACAUUUUCCACAGGCAUCAAAAUGGGUCAACAUAUUACAUUACCACCCAUUCAAAAACUUGAAGAAGCUCUAUAUGAAUACCAGCCACUACAAAUAGAGACUUGUGGGCCACAAGUUCCUGAGCUUGAGAUGCUAGGAAGACUUGGGGCUUCACUGGUGGCAGAGUGGUUAAGAAUCCACCUGCCAAUGCAGGGGACACAGGUUCGAGCCCUGGUCCGGGAAGAUCCCACGGAGCAACUAAGUCUGUGCACCACAACUACUGAGCUUGUUCUCUAGAGCCUGCGAGCCACAACUACUGACGCCCAUGCACCCAGAGCCCAUGCUCCACAGCAAGAGAAGCCACUGCAGCGAGAAGCCUGUGCACUGCAAUGAAUAGUAGCCCCCACUCGCCACAGGUAGAGAAAGCCCACACACAGCAACGAAGACCCAACAUAGCCAAAAAUAAAGAAAUAAAAUAAAUAAAUUUGUUUAAAAAAUUACAUUUGAAAGGUUAUGGAAAUGGCCAUGAAUAAUAAGAACACAAAAAUAAACUGUACAACAAUUAGUACAAAGGAUAGGAAGAGGGAAAAACUUGGCUGUUAUACUGUUCCUACACUAUGCAUGAAGAGGUAUAAUAGUAUUUGCAGAUAUUUAGUUAAAUCCUAGAGCAACAACUAAAAAUGUAAAACAAAAAGGGACAGACAGUAAGCAAGUAGCAGAGUAAAUAAUGAAAUCAUUAAAAAUACUCCAUUAAUGAAAAGGAGAGCAGGAAAGGGAGGCAAAAAAUAAAGA